CUUCCUAAGAAAAAAAACACACAAAAAAAACGGUUAAGUGUCUUAAAUCCUUCCUAAUUACUUGUUUUUUGAAGAGAUAAACGUGAACACAAACCGUGACAACCAAUCGUGAGUUUUUGAUACCCUAAAUUUCUAUUAUCAAAAGAAAAUAAAAAACCCAUUUGCACAAAACAGAAAGCUUGAGAAUCACAUCAAAAAUGGUGAUGCUAUAGGCAAAGGCAAGAAGAAGAAAUAGGAAGAAAAAAGAAGCGGAAAAGGGCAUGGAAGACGGUCGUAGAGGAUCAUCUUCAACACCACAAUCACGCAAGAUCAUGGUGAUCGCUGACCCGACACGUGAAUCAGCAGCUGCUCUUCAAUACACUCUUUCACACGCCGUGCUCGAGCAAGACGAGCUUAUACUUGUCCAUGUUGAAAAUAAUUGUGGCUCAUGGAAAAACGCUUUCUCUAGUUUCCUGAGAUUACCAAGUUCCAUUUCUUCCUCCUCCUCUAGCAGCGGCUCCUCUCCAGCCGCCGCUGCUAACGCUAAUGCCAACGCUGCAAACGUAGCUUCAUCUUUGGCCUCUGAGAUUGGUCAAGGAGAAGGUAAUUUCCUUGAACAGAUGAAACGGAUAUGUGAAAUCGCUCAGCCAAAGGUGCGCGUUCACACGGAAUGUAUAACCAUGGAAGGCGUCAAAGCUUGUACUAUUCUUCUUCAUGGAGACAAACUUGGUGUUGAUGUAAUCAUCAUUGGCCAACGCAGGACAAUCUCAUCUUCUCUUCUAGGAUCUCGGCGGCCAGGAGGGUCACUAAGAGGAUCAAAAGGAGUAGACACAGCCGAAUAUCUAAUCGAGAACAGCAAAUGCACUUGUGUUGGCGUACAGAAGAAAGGUCAAAAUGGAGGCUAUGUGCUAAACACCAAGACCCAUAAGAACUUUUGGCUCUUGGCAUGAUCAUGCAUGCGCAUUGCUCCUAGUCAGUUUUAUAAGGCUUACAUUUAGCUAUAAAAGACGAAAAUAUAAAGUUUACCAGUCAUCUUCACUUGUUUCUUUCAUGAUCUUUAAAAUUCUGGCAAUGAAGUGUUCUUUUAAAUCUUGUUUUUCCCCCUCCGACCACGAAAGUAUGGGUAAAACCUGUAAAUGUGGACACAUGAUUGGCUGACACCAAUGCGAAUAAAUGGAUGUAAGAAACUAGAGAGAUAUGCCUUAAAUUUGAAAAUGAUCAUGAAAAGAAGAAUAUAUUCAGCAUUGUUGUAAAGAGCAAAGGGAGCUUUUUUGAUUCGUCCCAGGGAGUAUCAAGAACAUUAGGAUCUGUCAUGUACACAAGAAAAGACAAACGGAAAGUCAUUUCAUGAGCUAAUGAACAUUAUAGAAGAUAUCUGAUUAUAAAAAAAAGUUUUGUUUUUUUGUGUGAACCUUUUUUAUUUCUAGGGUCAAGGAGACGAACAGAAAUGAAUGAUUUUUUUACCUGAACGAUCAAGUUCAAUGUUAACCAGAUUGUAAACAUGUAUCCCUUCAUAACGAGCUUUUCUUAC